AUGAAUCUAUCACGUCCUGGAUCAUCUAAGAUUAGAACCAAUGAACAUGUAAAUAUCAAUGCAAAAAACAAAUUAAACAGAACAAAAAUUACAGUUGUUGUAAGAAAACGUCCUCUUACUGAGAAUGAAAUUACAAGAAAUGAUGUUGACGUGGUAGAGGCGGCAGGAGAUGAAAACACUAUUUAUGUCCAUGAACUGAAAACUAAAGUAGAUUGCACUAAAUACAUUGACAAACAUUCAUAUACUUUUGAUCGAGUAUAUAGUGAGCAAAUAAAUAAUAAAGAAUUAUAUGAAGAUAUUAUAAGACCUUUAACUGAAAAUAUUUUUACCCCAGGAUUUAAAUGCUCUUGUUUUGCUUAUGGUCAAACCGGAAGCGGAAAAACUUACACAAUGAUGGGGAGUGAAAAUACUGCCAACUCUAAUAGUUUAAGAGGGAGGAAUGAGCGUGAACUCGGAAUUUUUGAACUGGCUGUAAAUAACAUUUUUGAACUUCUCGAACAAAGCGAACAUGAAAAUAAAGAAGUUUACGUUUCUUUUUUCGAAAUUUACUGUGAUAAACUUUAUGAUCUACUUAACAACCAAAAGCUUGUGAGUGCAAUGGAAAAUAGUAAACGUGAAGUAGUUGUCAAGGAUCUUACUGAAAGGUUAAUAAAAACUCGAGAGGACCUGCUGUCAGUUAUUAGUAAAGGAUUAGAAUAUAGAAGAACUGCACAAAAUAGUAUGAAUGAUAUGUCAUCCAGAUCUCACGCUAUUCUACAAAUUGAAAUUAGAUCCAGAAUUUUUUCUACCGUAAAAGAAUCUUCCCUGCAAUCUCCUCUCUCUCCAAAAUUUAUAACAUAUGGAAAGAUGGUGUUUAUUGAUUUGGCAGGAAGUGAAAGGGGUGCGGAUACAGUGCAUAGUACAAGACAAACACAACAGGAUGGAGCAGGGAUAAAUCGCUCGUUACUUGCUUUAAAAGAAUGCAUCCGAGCUCUGCACGAUCAGCAAAGUAGCCACGUUCCUUUCAGACAAUCAGAAUUAACUAAGGUUUUAAAAGAUGUAUUUGUUGGAAAUGCGCACUCGGUAAUGAUUGCAAAUAUAGGUCCAUGCUACUCUUGCUCGGAACAAACUUUAAAUACUCUUAGAUACGCACACAGAGUAAAGGAACUUAGGAAGAAGUCAAUCAAUAGAUCGGACACUUUUCAUAGUGAUAAAUAUGUUUCUAGGUAUCCACUGUCUAGGAAAACAACUGCUCCUGCGAAUGUGUCCAAAAAGGAUGCAUCUUCCAGUAAUGAAAGCCCGAGAUCGUGUACUGAAGAGGAAUUUGAAGAAUCAAAUGCUGAUACCGAACUCAGAGAAGAGGAUUUUGAAAUUUGCCCUGAAAUAACCAGAUAUGAAGAUACUACAGAAAACACUGUAAGUGUAUUGUCACCAAAUAUACCGACCAAUGAAGAUCAUGUAUCAACAAGAACGUUAUCUCCACAAAUAAAACAAUUAUUCGGAAGAAAUAGUAUUUUUAACAUUCCUGGUAUUGGUAUAAUUAAUGCUGACACCAUUCCUGAAGCCGAUCUAAACAAAUUAAAAAAGUAUCUGGGUGAAUACUUUAUUAAAAAACAAGAAGAGCUUGCGUCAAACCACGCAACUCACUUAGGCGUAUUAUGUGAAUGUUUGAAAGAAGAAUCGCUUAUACUAAAAGACUUAUUGAAGAAGAAUUAUAGUAGAGAAAGUUCUCAUGAAUAUAUUCAAGAAUUAAAAAAUUUGGUUAAAAGAAAAUCAGAAUCUUUAGAAAACCUUAAGAAAGAAUUAGCAGAAAUUGAAGAGCUCUUAUCUGUUAUGGACAUUAUAGGAACCAGUUAA